ACAAGAUGGCGGGUUUGGGAUUUGCUCGCGAACAGCUAGAAAAACAAGGCUGGAAAGAAGGUAAAGGAUUAGGCAAAGAAGAGGAUGGCAUAAAAGAAGCUAUCAAAGUUGGAAUCAAGAAUGACACACAAGGGGUGGGUUACAAGAUAAGUGAGCAGUUUACGUUUCACUGGUGGGAUCAUGUCUUCAAUAAAACAGCAAAAUCCAUUGUUGUUAGUGAGAAAGAGGAUGGUAUUGAAGUUUCCAAAAGUGAUUCAAAGUAUCUUCCAAUUAGUACUCAAAGACCMAACAAACACUCAGAAAAACCUCUUCUUUAUGGAAGGUUUGUCAAGGCCUCGGCAUCAUCGAAAUUAGACACUGAUUCUGAUGAAUCUGAUUCUGAUGUAGAAAAAGACUUCUCAACUGAACAUGCUGAAGAUAUUGUGUUUAAGAAAUGUGGAGGAAGAACUGCUCACAAAGGUGCUAGGCAUGGUCUAAAGCUGAAUGGAAAAUUGAAGAGAAUAGAAGAACAUGACAAGGUUGCAAUGACGGAGCCUUGAGUAUCUUCUUGGCUGCGUCACGAAAAUCAGACAGAAAUAUAAGAUAGAUGCAAGGACUGAAACAGGAGUUGACCACAGGUAGGAAAUGAUAAAUGAUAAAGACCAAUGAUCUCGAGUCAAUACAGGCUGAGAAAUUUAUUAUAUCGGCUG